AUGGACUGGAAGAGCACAGAGCAAGCAUCGAUGGACCUUCACGCACCACAUCACCCCUCCUCGUCCUCUUCUUCAUCGAUUCCUGCAACUGCAAACACUGUUUGGGCCGACGCGUCGCCUCUCCUUGAAGCCGCUUGUAAAGAAUUACGGGACGGUGAGCUGAUUCACGGGGAGAAUUUCAAUCUUUAUGCCGCAAUGUCUGCUUUAGAGAUAAUGGACCCAAAGAUGGAUUCCGGUAUCAUCAACAGGUACGCCUCUGUUGAUGAAGCGAUUGAAGAUGGAGUGGCUCCAGUGCCUAUUAGCUUUGACAAAACUACUGAUGUUCAGUGCAUGAUUGACGUUAUGGACCAUCUCUUAGCGUGUGAGGCAACAUGGCACAAGGGUCACUCAUUGGCACAAACUGUUUUUUCCUGCGCCUACCUUCUGAGACCAGAGAGGACAUCAUCACAUGCCAUAUUGCAUUCUUAUUGCAAAGUCAUACGUGCAACGUGCAAGGCAGUGAUUACCGUUGUCUCAGAUGCACGUACACAUGAAGAAGAGGAUCUUUUUACGAUGGCUUAUGGCCUUCCUCUGAGUGGGGAUGGAGAUGAAAAGUGCUUGUCGUUGUUAAAUGCUGUUGAAGAGAAUAUUUCUCGUCAACUGCGAGCUUGCAAAGCCCCAUCAUCCAAAAGAAAACCGUUAGAGGGUAUUUAUCUGAGAACAUUUUCAAUUUCACCAGAGGCAUUGUAUAUCACCGCUGAGAAGGAUUGGAUGAAAUGA